CUCGCUGGGAGUAUAACCUUCUCUGUCGACGCUCAUCCUUUUUCCCAUCGCCAUACUUUGCCUGCCACCAUGCCUUCCGGUACAGGUGUCGUCGACGCUUUCAAGAGUCUGUUUCAUUUCUCUGUCGUUUUUAUUUCCUUUUGCUUACUUUCUCCACCCUCGAGCACAGACCUCAUCAGACACGGCAAGAACCAUCAUAAUGCAAGACAACAAGAAGCCGAUGCUCAAUAUCAGUCCAACAUAGCUGCCCAACAACAACAGCAACUCCAGCAGAAGCAAGCACGCGAGACUCAAGCACGAGAAACGCGCGAGCCACGACAACACCAAGCACAGCAGCAACAGCAGCAAACACAGGCGCGGACUGCCUCUCCCAAGUACAAGGACGAAAUCGAGAAGAUUGUCCAGGAGGAGAGAGAGGCAAAGAGCAAGAUGCCUUCCUACAAGGGUCUUGAGAACUUCAAGCUCCUUGACAAGAUGGGAGACGGUGCGUUUUCCAACGUCUACAAAGCUAUCGAUCUACGAACCGGGGAAAAGGUCGCUGUCAAGGUCGUUCGCAAGUACGAAUUAAGCGCUUCACAGGCUGGCGAUAUGCAUCUAAAUCGCGAGUUCAAGAAGAAGCCGCGCGUGACAGAGCGAGCAAAUAUUCUGAAAGAAGUGCAAAUCAUGCGCGGUACCAACCAUCCUUCAAUAAUCAAGCUCAUAUCUUUCUCUGAGUCACAAGAACAUUAUUUCCUAGUACUCGAACUGAUGGAAGGUGGAGAGCUCUUUCACCAAAUUGUCAAACUCACCUACUUCAGUGAGAACCUGGCGCGGCACGUCAUUCUCCAAGUCGCACAAGGCAUCCGUCAUCUCCACGAGGAACGCGGUGUCGUACAUCGGGACAUCAAACCGGAGAACCUUCUUUUCGAACAGAUACCUGUCAUCCCGUCCAAAAAUCCUCCACCGAAGCAAUUUGAGGAGGAUAAGGAGGAUGAGGGUGAGUUUAUACCAGGAGUUGGCGGUGGCGGAAUUGGCCGCGUGAAGAUCGCCGACUUCGGUCUAAGUAAGGUCGUAUGGGAUGAACAGACGAUGACUCCAUGCGGGACCGUUGGUUACACCGCUCCGGAGAUCGUGAAAGAUGAACGAUAUAGCAAGAGUGUCGAUAUGUGGGCACUAGGCUGUGUCCUGUAUACCCUUCUUUGCGGUUUCCCUCCAUUCUAUGAUGAGAGUAUCAACGUCCUUACCGAGAAGGUUGCUCGUGGUUAUUAUACGUUCCUCAGUCCAUGGUGGGACAGUAUCAGCGACACCGCUAAGGACCUGAUCAGCCACUUGUUAUGCGUGGAUCCUGCGCAACGGUAUACAAUAGACGAGUUUCUUGCUCACCCAUGGUGUAAGGCUGCUCCUGCUCCGCCACCACCACCGACUCCGGCAGCUGCCUUCGCCAACGCUCCACUCGACUCACCACUACUGGCAUCUCUCCGAGGCGGUCGCGAGGCUCGUUCGCCAGGCCUGGCGACACUGAAAGAAGCAUUCGAUAUUACCUAUGCGGUGCACCGUAUGGAAGAAGAGGGAGCACGUCGACGAGCACAAAAGGGUGGCGCGAAUCGUGGGUUCCUCACAGGGUUGAACGAGGAAGAAGACGAAGAUGAGGAGGAGAAUCUUGUCGAAGACACCCGCAGACGUUACGGCGAUGAAGUUGCUGACGAUCUGGAGGAGAGACGAAAUCGAGGGGCCGGGCAGAACCAGGUGCAGAACGUGGCUGUUUCUCAGGCUGCUCGUGCUGGAGCGAAGACAGCUGCGAAACGAGCCGUACAAGGUCAAACACGACAAGCAGCCCCGGGAGGCGGUGGAUUUGACGGGCGCGCCGGUCAAAGAGACCGAGGCAGAAGAACAGCUGGCGUUACAUUCGAUUUGCAGCUGGAUAACGCAACGCUAAUCGGUAGACGGCAUAAGCGUGCGGCAGGGAAAGAAGGCGCGUCCGGUAGCCCGUUAGCGAAUCAAAUCGUGUCAAGGGAAGAGCUGCCGCAGAACCCCGGAAGCCCAAUGAGAGUGGAUUAGAGCCGAGCAUAUUCACACCAUCGUUUCUCUAUAUCCAAUUGGCUGGGCGAUACCCUGCGAGGCUCAUCUCGUAUAUAUUAUCAGUCUGGAGUCCUCAUCUGGCUCGUCCGUCAGGCGUACCAUGUCCUUGUGCACGUACGCUCUCGUCUCGCGACCGCAUGGUUAUUGUUACCAUCUGCAUCCCCGUCCUCCGUCUCCACGCUACCCUGCACCAGCCCACUCUAGUGGGGCGUUGAGUCUGACAUUCGCUCUCACUCUUCUUGAGAGCUCUCUCCGUACACCUUGAUGCUGACCCUUAUACCAUAUUCACCAGACAGACAGACGGACAAAAUCCAUUGCUCAUAUGCAAAUUACUGUCGUUCGUUCGUGUAGUAUAUAUUUAUCUGUUAGUUUGCAUAGUACCAGUUGCGUUCCAUGUAUCCGUUAGGAUUUUUGUGCGAGGUCUUUCCGUUGCAUCCAUGUUUUUUUGUACAUUGUACGGUUGUCGUGUAUUAUUUUCUCACCUUUUGGAGCAGGCUCUUCUAUACACGACGUGAGUAGCAAAGGGAAAAACCGUGACCACCGCGCCGCCGCCUGUUCCUGUUGUGAGUACUUGGAGACUUGCC